AUGUCAAGUUCUCAUUGUGUUAAGAAUCCACCCAACAUGAACUCAGGUUUCAAUGGAGUUGGGACUGUCCUUAAACUUGGAGGACUAAAAUCCUAUGUCACUGGUCCCCCUCAUUCCAAAUUGACGUUGUUUUUAUCUCAUUUCAGGGUACGAAGCACCAAAUCUAAGGAAAAUAAAACUUUCACCGACAAAUUAUCAACAUCUGGAUUCUUGGUUGUUGUUCCUGAUCUUCUAUAUGGUGACUACUUUGAUAUUGAUAAUCCGCAAUUCGAUCGAGCUGCAUGGAUAAAUGUUCAUGGAACGGAUAAAGGAAGUGAAGAUACCAAACCCUUAAUAGCUGCUCUAAAGAGUAAAGGUGUUACAUCCAUAGGGGCUGCAGGUUUCUGUUGGGGAGGUGUUGUGGUUACAAAAUUAGGAGUCUCCAAUGACUUUAUUCAGGCUGCAGUUAUUUUACAUCCUGGUCCAAUCACAGAUAAAGAAUUUAAUGAUAUUAGGGUUCCUAUUGCUUUUUUGGGAGCAGAAAUUGAUGAAAUUUUUCCAAAAGAAAAGUUGAAGCAAGUUGAAGAAUUAUUGUCUGCAAAAGCAGAGAUAGAAAGCCUUGUGAAGUUGUACCCCGGCACUACUCAUGGUUGGUCAACAAAGUACAAUGUUGAAGAUGAAGUUGCAGUUAAGAAUGCCGAAGAAGCUCAUGAGGACGUGUUGAAUUGGUUUAUCAAGUAUGUUAAUUGAGUGUCAAUUGAAUAUAAUAAUGAUGUAUACAUAAAAAGAAAUGCACACAAAUAAUAAAUGUAUUUUCUUAAUUUAAUAAAUACAAUAUGAGAUGGAUUUUGUAUUGGUAUAUUUACGUGAAAGCCGUAGGAGGCGGCAUGAGGGUUCUCAGUUACCCCUUUCUCGGAUCGAUCGUUUAUUUAUUAGAUGUCUCACCCUUCUAUUGGAUAUUUCGCCUUCCUCGAGAAUAAGUCUUCGACGUGAGAAUUGGGGAGUGACGUGUCCUUGACCUAUAAUGGCAUGGAAGAAGUCGUGGGAAAAGUGGGUCAUGUUGGUGUAAGUCCUAGAGGCCAAUACUUUUGGUACUUGUAUCGAAUAAUUUAUUAAUAAUUAAAAGCAUUUCUUUAUUAUGUUUAAUUUUCCAAAAUAAUAAAGUCCCUAGAAUAGCUAGUCCAUUUAAUGAAAUGUUAAGUGUGGCUUAAUCACGAUACCUCAUUAAACAUAAGGACACUAUUCUUAAAUUAUUUGUAGUCGAGCUUUAUUGCAAAGUGGGAUAACAAUAAAGCAUUUAGACUAUUGUGAAAAUAGGUUGAUGAUUACAUCUCAUGGAUCAUGGAUAAGGAGUUAUCAAGUUUUGACAUAGGUAUGAAUAUUAGGAGUAAUAUUUAUAUUGGAUUGACCCGCUAUGAGAAUACUACAUAGAAUCAUAAGUUAUUUUCAUGGUGAUAAAUGGUGUAUACCACCCUUCGACUUGAAAUAACUAUGAACCCUAGAUGUAGAGUCGAGUACUUUAUUGUUGAUCAAACAUUGUUCGUAAUUGGAUGACCAUAAAGAUAGUUGAUAGGUACUCCACAAAGCAUGUUGAGGGACGUGAGUGAUGUAGAUGGAAUUUUCCCAUCCUACGUAACAGAAUAAGUGUCUAAGGGCCCAAUAUUAAACUGGACAAGGGUGACACGGUCUAUGCCUUGUGUUCAAUAUAGACAUCAGGGCAAAAGGGUAAUUAUACACAUAAGUAUUAUCACGAAAAAGGUUUUGUCAGAUCACAUGACAUUUUUGUGACUUGGGUAGCAGUGAUGUUUUUCUAGAUACCACUCACUGUUUAUUAUGUUAAAUGUGUGAUUUAAUAUAAUUGCCAAUGUUGCGAGAACCUACAGGGUCACACUCAAGGACAGAUUGAUGACAGAUAAAGCAAAUAAGGAUCAUCGUAAGGAACAGUGCACUUAAAUGAAUUGUAGAAUACUAUAAGGUAUGGUGCACUUAAGUAGAAAACGAAAUAUGGUAAGGUAUCAUGCACUUAAGUGAUAUACAGUACAUCAUAAGGUAUGGUGCAUGUACACUUAAGUGGGCCUUUUAGCUUGCAGCCCACAUAAGUGGUUCUAUAAAUAGAACCCCCGUGCAGAAGCAUUCUCACUUGAUGAAAAUGCGGUCUGAGAAACCCUAGCCGUAUUUUCCUUUUCUCUUAUUCAAAGCCUUCAUUCGUAUUAGCCAGCACUGUGACUGAAGGCAUAUGUUCUUGUGGAUAGAGUAGAGGCGUUGUUCUUCAUCAACACUCGUGAUCACUCCUUCAAUUCUGCAUUAAAGGUUUUAAUCGCCAAAAGAGGUAAUCGUUUUUAUCACUGAUCAUGCCCAUUCGUAAGGAUCACUAAAGGAAAAAUUUUGUUUUCCGCUGUGCAUUGUAUCACAAUUCUCCUUCGGGUCACACUCUUGUGAAUACCAGGAGAUAAACUGUUCAUUCCCUCAGUGGUUGCUAUUUCCAAGGAAGUAUUUGAUCCCAGCCCAAUAUGCAUAUAAAUACCUCAACAUCGCAAUUGAGAAGGAUAACCUAACUUUAACACAUAAAUACAUGCAUACAGAACUUCUCACCCCACGUGAGAUAGCUCUCAACCUCACAAUAAUCCUUAAAGUCUUUGAAAACUCUUAAUCACUAGGGAUUGUCAUGCAUUUUUACUUUUAGCAAGUGCAAUUGGUGCCUACCAUAGGGUCCGUUAAAAUAUCCUAGGAUACUAUUACAAUAUUCAGUCGGAUUAUUGUUAUCGCGUUCAUCUUCACCGUCCAUCAUAAUAAACAAAAAGACAACAACUUCGACUAGCAAGGAAUUCGACAAAGAGGAAAAUGCCAUAGAAGAGAUGGUUGUUUCUAUGGAUGGCCUUCGUCACCAGAACCAAACCUUGGAGGAUAACGACCUUCAAAUCUAGCAGCGCUACCAGGAGACACACAUGGUGGAAGAAUGAAACGUAUUGGAUCCCUAACCGCUAUCAAAUGAGAUAUGGUAGGCACCUAUCCUAUAAAAUUUUAAACCACAAUCUUGGCUAAGUUUGGCGGGCGUAGUGGCCUGUGUGAACAUGUUGCCACCGUCAACACUCAGAUGGAUAUUAUUGGGGCACCUGACUCCUUAAGGUGCAAGAUCCUAUCUAGAUUUUUUAGAGAUGCAUCUCUUGUGUGGUAUAUGGAUCCUCCACUGCUCUCUGCCACAAGCUACUAAGAUAUGGUGAAGAUGUCAGUCCACCAAUUCGCAAUAAGAAAGCAUAGGAAGUUUACCGCCACCAAUUUAUUCAACAUUCCACAAGGUCCCUCAGAAUCUCUGAGAGAGUACCUCACCCUCUUCAACAAAGCAACAAUCAAGUUAAUUCAUCCAAAUUAUAAAAUGUUCAUAGGAGCAUUCCAUAUAAGGAUCAGGGUAUAAUUCUUCAAUGGAUCUCUCUCCCAAAAGCCAACUGUGUCUUUGGCUAAAAAAGGUAAUGCAUCCAACGAACUCCCAAUACUGUCAGCUAACUAAAGAAAUAGUACACAACGCCCAUGAGGGACAUAAUAAUGUUUAAACAAAGUGGAGAACCCACCAAAAGCUUCACUACCCUGAAUGCCCGUCGGGAGCAAAUAUGACGAGAGGCCUUAGAUAUGAAUUACAUCCCCCAAUCGCCAUCUCCCAAGACAAGUGUCUUGAGUCCUGAUCCCCAUAGUUGAUUUUAGUUCCAUAAGAUCAUAGGACUUCAAAUGGAGGACUACUACCAACUCACAAAAGAGAUAUAACACUUCAUCCAAGAGAGGCACCUAAAGAAAUACAUAAAGGGUAGCUCCACUAUGGGACCAAGCGGGUCCAAAUCUUAGGGGAAAAAGUAUUCAAAUAGUCUAGGAUCCAAGAACGGGAAGGAGCCAAACAAAGCAGGCAGAUACAAAUGGAUUCACCAUACCCUGAACAUAAUCGUAGAGGGAUUUGCUAGAGGCAGAGAGACUAGUUUUGCCCAAAAGAGAUAUGCCAACCAAAUUCUAGUCAUUUAUGGUUUUCCCGACUCCAGGGAAGGCGGAUCAGAAGCUCUAAAGGCCAACAUGACCUUUUCCAAGAAGGAUGCAACUGAAAUUCAGUCAUACAAUGAUGACCCCAUGGCUAUCACCAUCGAUGUGACAAUUGAGAAAUGAAAAAAGUCUUGAUUGGUCAAGGGAGGUAUGCAAACAUCCUUUACUGGAUGCAUUUAAGAGGCUUCUCUUGGAGUUAGAUGACCUCAAAUCCUACCAGGGGUCACUGUUGUUUUUUCAGCAAAGUAGUAGAAGUUAAGGGUUACAUAAUAUUGAAGGUCGCCUUUGGGGGCAUAAGAAAAUGCCAAAUAGGUCAAGAUAAGGUAUCUAUUCAUUAAUUUGCCCUCCUCAUUUAAUAUUAUCACAAGGAGGCCCAGUUUUAAGUAGCUAGGGUUUCUGUUGAAAGUAUUUUUGGGUAAAUAUUUUUUAUAUAUUGUAUCCACAGGGAUUGGUUUAAUAUCACUGUCGUUCUAUAGUCAGGUUAUUUUGAGUGAGUAAAAAUAGUUAUUUUUGUUGUAUUAUUCUA